AUGUCUCCCUGCGUGUGUAUUGUGGUUUCCUACGCCCGUAUCGUAGCGACUGUGCUGAGGGUGCCUUCGGCCAAAGGAAAGCGCAAGGCUUUCUCCACCUCUAAUGACGCCCAGGAGAACCAAACCAGAAUUUCUGAGUUCCUACUGCUUGGAUUGUCCCAAGUGCCUGAGACGCGCUUCACCCUGCUAGUCAUCUUCCUGGUCCUUUAUCUUCUCACCUUGUCUGGUAACAUCCUCUUGGCUUUGGCAGUAUGGAAAGACACUCAUCUUCAGACACCGAUGUACAUUUUCCUGUGCACCUUGGCCCUCUCGGAGACGUUGGUAAGCUUCGUUGUUGUUCCCAAGAUGUUACGGGGCUUGGCAUCACCCAGUGGUGUCUCUUCCAUCUCUUUCCCCGGCUGCGUGGCUCAGAUGUUCUUUGGGUCUGCUUUGGCUUCCACGAAUUGCUUCCUGCUGGCUGCUAUGGGAUAUGAUCGCUCAGUGGCUAUCCGGGAUCCACUGCGCUAUGUGGCACGGAUGGAUGGAAAGACGUGCAUCAAGCUGAUCACUGUCUGUUCCUUUGGUGGAUUCUGCGUUGCUGCUGGCAUGACUGCAGCCAUCUUCCACCACCCCUUUUCUCCUGGCCAUAACCUUAUCCAGCAUUUCUACUGCGAUAUAUUACCUCUCCUGGAACUGGCCUGCGGAGAAACUCGUACUAGUGAGGCGGCCUUACUUUUCCUCUGUAUGUUAGUCCUUGGUUUUCCCUUGUUGCUGAUUCUUCUCUCAUACAUCUAUAUUCUGAAGACUGUGCUAAGGGUAUCAACUCAUGGAAGCCACCGGAAAGCCUUCUCCACUUGUGGGGCCCAUCUUACCGUGGUGGUUAUUCAUUUUGGCUGUGCCUCCUUCAUGUAUCUGAGGCCAAAGACGAGUUAUCACUUGGAAAGGGACCGACUUAUCUCGGUGAGCUAUUCUGUAGUCACACCGCUCCUCAACCCAAUGGUCUACAGUCUUCGGAACAGGGAGGUCCAUGCUGCCCUAAAGAAGACCCUUGGUUUCAAGUCUGCAGAACGGUGA